GCCAAAUGCGCAACUAACGCCUGCCUGCUCAUUCAGGUGAUAAAACUCCGCUCAGAGACCCACUACGCUCCCGCGUUAACAUUUGACAUCUGACUUAGUUUCCUUUGCGCUCGAGGCCGCGGGGAGUGAGCAUCAGAAGGUCGGUUCACGAUGAGACAGGACGGAGGGGCACAGCUAUGCCCGGCUUGUCUUUGUCGUGAGUGACGGCGGCAGCUGCGUGCUGGAAGAAGAUUCCCCUCAUGGGACUUCGUGGUUUAGAAGCGCCUGAUACGGAGGCGACGCGAGGAGCGCGCAUAGCUCCAGAAACCGUGCGAGAAUAAGACGCUACUUCUUUCGCCCUGAAGGUGCCUCGGUGCCUCCCCGGUCGGCAACGAGAGGGGAAAAACAUUUCCAUUUCAGCCUGGCAGAGACGAACCGGUGCCAUCCGAGCCAAAGAGCUGUGGUAGCGUAGUAUGGGAGCGCUAUGUUGUCCAGGAAAGGACUCAUUCCUGAUGACUACCUGCUGACACGCCUGGCUGAAGAUGUCCAGCAGCCAAAGUUCAAGGCUAAAGCGGGGAAAGCUCGCUUUGUCUCCAAGAAUGGCACCUGCAAUGUGGCGCACACAAACAUUCGAGAGCAGGGCCGCUUCUUGCAGGACGUAUUCACCACCCUGGUGGAUCUCAAAUGGCUCCACACGCUCAUCAUCUUCACCAUGUCCUUCCUGUGCAGCUGGCUUCUCUUCGGGAUGGUCUGGUGGCUCAUCGCCUUUGCGCACGGUGACCUCUACCAGAGAGGAGACGACUUUGUCCCGUGCGUAACGGACAUUCACUCUUUUUCCUCCGCCUUCCUUUUCUCUAUAGAGGUCCAGGUGACCAUAGGUUUCGGCGGCCGAAUGGUCACAGAGGAGUGCGUCUCCGCUAUCAUCAUCCUCAUCAUACAGAACAUCGUUGGACUCGUCAUCAACGCCAUCAUGCUCGGCUGCAUCUUCAUGAAAACGGCGCAGGCCAACCGGCGCGCGGAGACCCUUAUUUUCAGCAAACACGCGGUGGUCUCUAUCCGAAACAACAAGCUGUGCUUCAUGAUCCGCAUUGGGGACCUGAGGAAGAGCAUGAUUAUCAGCGCCACCGUGCGGAUGCAGGUGGUCAGAAGAUCCACCACGGAGGAGGGCGAGGUGGUGCCUCUGGACCAGAUCGACAUCCACAUGGAUAACCCGGUGGGAACCAACGGGGUCUUCCUUGUGUCCCCUCUCAUCAUCUGUCACGUGAUUGACAAAGAAAGCCCUUUGUACGAGCUAUCCGCCACUGACCUGCUGCAAGAGGACAUCGAGGUGAUCGUGGUGCUGGAGGGGGUGGUAGAGACCACGGGCAUCACCACGCAGGCUCGGACUUCGUAUGUGGGGGAGGAGAUCCUGUGGGGGCAACGCUUUGUGCCCACCGUGUCCGCAGAGGACGGCAUGUACGCGGUUGACUACUCCAAGUUCGGUAACACGGUGAAGGUGCCCACACCGUGCUGCAGCGCCAAGAAACUGGACGAAGGAGGAGGCAUCGCUCAGUUUAAAGUGAACGAGGGCGUCACCUUGCGGUCGUCUCUGAGAAAGCGGCGCGGUGGAGCGGUGGUGCGAAGGUCAAAGAUGGACAGUCAUUGAAAGUGCUGGCCUUCGUGAAUAAUCUCAAAAGUUUGACAGUAAUAAAUUAUAGAGUGCUAUUUAUUUUUUAACAAAAUAAUAUGUCAUGCGCACAACAAGCUUCUUAACUCAGGGUCAGAUCGCACUGAUUGGUUUUUUUUUGGAUGAUUUUUUAUAGACAGGAAUGAAUGAAUGCAUGUAUCUAACAACA